CUGAACUGCUGGCAGCUGCCUCGUCUCCCGGAGUAGCCCACACGAGAUAGAUUCCCAGUGAGUUUCACUGCUCUGGCCAAACUUUCUCGCCUCCUCUGUAAAGGCAGCAGAAGACCUGCAGGUGUAACAGGACCUCCACCCAGCACCCGGAGGACAAGACCCCCAGCACCGUGGUCAUGCUCAGGGCCAUUUGGGAUGCCCCAGGGCGCUUGCUACGGGAGGGCAGAGAGUCCCGGAAGCUGGUACUGGUGGUGGUGUUUGUGGCUCUGCUCCUGGACAACAUGCUGCUCACCGUGGUGGUGCCCAUUGUGCCCACCUUCCUAUAUGCCACAGAAUACAAAGAAGUCAACCCUUCUCUGCAGCCCACCCCUGCUGCAACUUCCCCCGCCUUUUCCCAGAUCUUCUCCUUCUUUGAUAACAACACUGUGGCUGUUGAACAAAAUGCUCCCAGGGGCACGGCAUGGACAAAUGGCACUUCUGGCACCACUCCGCCUCCAGUCACUGGAGGCACCUCAACCCAUAAAAACGACUGCCUGCAAGACACAGAGUUGUUGGAGAAAGAGAACAUACGAGUCGGGGUUCUGUUUGCUUCAAAGGCUCUGAUGCAGCUUCUGGUCAACCCGUUCGUGGGGCCUCUCACCAACAGGAUUGGAUAUCACAUUCCCAUGUUUGCUGGCUUUGUUAUCAUGUUUCUCUCCACAGUGAUGUUCGCCUUUUCUGGUACCUAUGCCCUGCUCUUUGUGGCUCGAACCCUUCAAGGCAUCGGGUCUUCAUUUUCAUCUGUUGCAGGUCUCGGGAUGCUAGCCAGUGUCUACACAAAUGACUCCGAGAGAGGCCGUGCCAUGGGAAUAGCCCUGGGGGGCCUGGCGCUGGGACUGCUGGUGGGAGCUCCCUUUGGAAGUGUGAUGUACGAGUUUGUCGGGAAGUCUGCACCCUUCCUCAUCCUGGCCUUCCUGGCACUACUAGAUGGAGCACUCCAGCUUUGUAUUUUACAGCCCUCCAAAUUCUCUCCUGAGAGUGCCAAGGGGACCCCGCUCCUUACACUCCUCAAAGACCCUUAUAUCCUGGUGGCUGCAGGCUCCCUCUGCUUUGCCAACAUGGGAGUGGCCAUGCUGGAGCCCACACUGCCCAUCUGGAUGAUGCGGACCAUGUGCUCCCCUGAGUGGCAGCUGGGUCUGGCUUUCCUGCCUGCCAGCGUGUCCUACCUCAUCGGCACCAACCUCUUUGGCAUGUUAGCCAACAAGAUGGGUCGGUGGCUUUGCUCCCUGAUUGGCAUGGUGGUAGUAGGUACCAGCUUGCUUUGUGUUCCUCUGGCUCGGGAUAUUUUUGGCCUCAUUGCUCCCAACGCAGGGCUUGGCUUUGCCAUAGGCAUGGUGGACUCCUCUAUGAUGCCCAUCAUGGGGUACCUGGUGGACCUGCGCCACACCUCCGUGUACGGGAAUGUCUACGCCAUCGCUGAUGUGGCUUUUUGCAUGGGCUUUGCUAUCGGCCCAUCUACGGGUGGCGCCAUUGUGCACGCUGUGGGCUUCCCCUGGCUCAUGGUCGUCAUCGGAGUCGUCAACAUCGCCUAUGCCCCUCUCUGCUGCUUCCUGAGGAGCCCCCCAGCCCAGGAGGAGAAGCUGGCAAUCCUGGGCCAGGACUGCCCCAUGGAGACCCGGAAGCACGAGGUCCAGAAGCCCACAAGGGCGUUUCCUCUGGGGGAGGACAGCGACGAGGAGCCCGGCAGUGAGGAGUAGCAGCAGAAGGUGGUCCCUGGCCUGUCACACGUGGGUCUCUGAGGCUCGGACUUCAACGACCACCCCUUUCCCUAGAACCAGAGCACUGUGGGCUUCCCUUCCUUCUCCCCCAGGUGUCUCUUAACCUCCCUUCCCCCAUGCCAGCCCCAGUUCUCUCCUCACCUGUGGCACCCAUGACUCCCCCUCCACGUAUUGAUGCCUCAGAUGGCCCAGGUUUUGUGGGAGGACAGAGUGACACUUUCUCCCAGGCUUCUGGGAGGCUGACUGAACUUGAGCUAUGACAGGUUCUGCAAGGGGUGACUCACUUCCCAGAGGCAAGUGGGAGCACAACGUGCCCCUGAAACCAGUGGGGUGGCUGACAAACCUCACUGCAUCUGCUGCCUGAUCUCCUCUGGCACGUCCCCAGCGGGCUCUCGGGGUUCCGUGCCCCGUUCCUCCCUGAGUUUUCCCAGGCUAAGGUGAGACAGCGUCCUCGACAUUGGACUGCUGCUAAAUUGCCAGUUUGGGAAAUUUUUAGCCUGGUUUGUAGUGUUUUUUGUCCAUGGCAAAGCCUACAGCUGCUAAUGUGACUUUGCCUCAGUGAAUGGAGGACUCCUCAUUACCAAAUGGAAGGCAAAGAGCCUGUUUAUCUCGUGCUCUCAGUUACUGGCGUUCUCACUCUUUCUUCUGUGGGUCUCCAUCUUUCUGCAACCUCUUAGGCUGAAAAAUAAAAGUAGGAGGACAGAAAAAUACAUCUAUUUAUCCCAGGAUUUCGUGGGAAGAAGUCCAAAAGCAACUACCCUAAAAUUCCUUCCAACCGUGGAUUUCCUAAUCCUUUCCCGAGGAUCUUAAUGAGGCAUUGCUCACACUUGCUAAUGAGUGCACCAUUACACAAUUCAGACGUGGUAAACUAGAUGCUCUUUUGUAGCAAAAGAAAGUCUGUGGGC